GCGCUUAUCCAAGAAGACGUCUCCAUCCCACUACUCUUCCACCAUUUCUCUGACAAAAUUCACGCAAAUUCUCGCUCUCUUCGAGUAAUUCCGGUACCAGAAUUCUUUUCUAUGAACGAUUGUUCAUCAAUUUCUGUUAUGGAUUCGUCGAUUUUAGUCACGGGAGGUGCUGGAUUCAUAGGGACGCACACAGUUGUGCAACUUCUGAAUCAAGGAUUUAAGGUCACCAUUAUCGAUAACCUUGAUAAUUCUGUUGAAGAAGCUGUUCUUCAAGUCAGAGAUUUAGUCGGUCCCGCGCUUUCACUUAAUCUUCAAUUCCAUUUGGGUGAUAUCAGGAACAAGGACGAUUUAGAGAAGUUAUUUUCCCUCAAUAAGUUUGAUGCUGUGAUACACUUUGCUGGCCUCAAAGCUGUUGGUGAAAGUGUGAUCUAUCCUUUCCGUUAUUUUGAUAAUAAUUUGAUUGGAUCAAUUACUCUGUACCAGGUCAUGGAGAAGUACAAUUGUAAGAAGUUGGUUUUCUCUUCUUCAGCAACGGUUUAUGGGCAGCCCGAAAAAAUUCCAUGUGUCGAGGAUUUUGAGUUGAAGGCCAUGAAUCCAUAUGGACGCACAAAGCUCUUUCUCGAAGAAAUUGCACGAGAUAUUCAUAUGGCGGAUUCAGAAUGGAAAAUUAUAUUGCUGAGGUACUUUAACCCUGUUGGAGCUCAUGAGAGUGGGAAACUUGGUGAGGAUCCAAAGGGCAUUCCAAACAAUCUUAUGCCUUACAUACAACAAGUCGCUGUUGGAAGAUUGCCCGAGCUAAAUGUUUACGGUCAUGAUUACCCGACAAAAGAUGGUAGUGCGGUCAGGGAUUACAUCCACGUCAUGGAUUUGGCAGAUGGUCAUGUUGCAGCACUAAAGAAGCUUUUCACAAAACAGGAAAUAGGUUGUUUUGCCUGCAAUUUGGGAACCGGUCGGGGGACAUCCGUGCUUGAAAUGGUGGCUGCUUUUGAGAAAGCUUCCGGAAAGAAAAUUCCCAUCAAACUAUGCCCAAGAAGGCCAGGAGAUGCAACAGAAGUUUAUGCAUCUACAGAUAAAGCUGAGAAAGAGCUUCAAUGGAAGGCAAAAUAUGGGAUAGAAGAGAUGUGUAGAGACCAAUGGAAAUGGGCAAGCCAGAAUCCAUGGGGAUACUGCUCCAAACCUGAAUAGCAACACAUACAAGGUAUCCACCCAUAAAUAGUCAGAUUGAGUUCCAUAUAUUUCUUUUGUUGCUUUCAAGGGUUGCAAAUGCUUCCCGAUAAUGUCUUGUUUUCUAGUAUAUACCCUUGAAGAAUUUGGGGGUAAUGUGUGAGUCCACUCGCUUGUGGAAAAACUUGAGAGGCCGACUCAGACCAAGUUGGCUUGUUUGACUGUUUGACCCGAGCGUGUGGCCUGUGUCUUCAAAACGAACAAUUUCAUUGUUAGUCUUUUCGGUAUUUCGACAUGUUUCCUUUGAAUACAAAACUUCCAAUAUCAUAUUUUCCACGAUCAUCUUUCCAA